UUGAGCGUCCUGGGAAGUGGAAUUCGGGGCCUAGACCUCCCUGCCUGGAUCAAUAGAUCACUCCCUUUGCAGGCCCUGUCUUCCUCUCAACCCAAACCCCCAGCUGUCGACGGCGUUCCCGCGUUCUGUGCAAUAACUCCUGGAAGCCGCUAACUCCUGAUGUCUUCUGCCAAGUUAUGGAGCUGUGGUGCCUCGGCCUCUCUUGUAUCCUGUGAUGAACUGAUGAACCCAAGGCUUGUGGGCUAUGGCGGAUUUGGUACAGUGUUCCGGGCACAACACACAACUUGGGGCCAUGAUGUGGCAGUCAAGAUCGUGAACUCGAAGGCGAUAUCCAGGGAGGUGAAAGCUAUGUCGAAUCUGCGUAACCAGUACGUGCUCCUCCUGCUGGGGGUCACCGAGGAACUCCAGUGGGAUUACGUAUCUGGGCCGGCUCUGGUGACAGUCUUCAUGGAGAACGGCUCCCUCGCAGGGCUGCUACAGAGCUCGUGUCCUCGACCCUGGCCGCUCCUCUGUCGCCUGCUGCAUGAAGUGGUACUAGGGAUGUGUUACCUGCACAGCUUGAACCCAGUGCUCCUGCACCGGGACCUCAAGCCUUCCAAUGUCCUGCUGGACCCAGAGCUCCACGCCAAGCUAGCAGAUUUUGGCCUGUCCACAUUUCAGGGAGGGUCACAAUCAGGGUCAGGGUCCAGGGAUUCAGGAGGUACCCUAGCUUACUUGGCCCCAGAGCUAUUGGUUAAUGUCAACCGGCCCGCUUCCCCAGCCAGUGACAUCUACAGCUUUGGGAUCCUUGCAUGGGCUGUACUGGCUGGAAGAGAAGCUGAGUUGGUAGACCAAACAUCACUAGUUCGUGACGCAGUUUGUGAAAGGCAGAUUCGACCCCCAUUGACAGAGCUGCCUCCCCCCAGCCCUGAGACUCCUGGCUUGGAAGUGCUGAAGGAGUUAAUGACGCGCUGCUGGAGUUCUGAGCCCAAGGACAGGCCAACCUUCCAGGAUUGCCGUCCAAAAACAGAUGAAACCUACCUCCAGGUACAGGACAAGGUAGAUGCUGCUGUCUCCGAGGUGAAGCAGUAUCUGUCUCAGCACAGAAACAGCAACAGAAAGUUGUCUGCUCUAGAGUCAGGCCAGAGAGGUACAGAAAAGAAUGACCCUGGAAAAAGCUCAAUUUCUGACAUGCUGGACAACCUGCAUCUGGACAGGGGCUCCAGACCAGUUCCUGAAGAAGGCAUAAGCCUUACGGAGAGAAAAGAACAGCAAGAACCAAUUGGGCGUGCCACAGCAGCAGCGACAUCUUCGGAUACGGGGGCUGGAACUCCCCAAAUGCCACACACUCUACCCUCCAGAGGCCCAACACCCAGCCCAAACUUCCCUGAGGCUCCCGGUCCUCACCCCCAAAGGAAUCAGGGAGACGAAAGACAAGAUACCUCCUGGGCUCCAGGGCCAAAUCCAACAGCAGGGUCACAAUCUGUUACCCUCAAGAACUGUUGUGGAGUGCAGAUUGGAAACAACAACUACAUGGCAGGCAGCUGCUCACCAGCGCUACCAAGAACUGCUUUACCCAAGAAGAGCCCAGCACAGCGUGGCAGGGGCAGGGGCAGGGGCUGGCAGCCCCUCCAUGAGUAGAUUUCGGAGAAUACCCACAAGAGCCUGAAGCCAGUAUAGAGGGAAUUAAAGCACAUUGUAAGGAUCCCGGAACGACUAAGAUGAUCAUUGCCACUUUGUGUGCUCCCCAACAUUCUUUGAGAGCAUUUAGACCUACACCCAAACCGAUUUUUGACCUAUUUCCCAAACGUCA